CGUCCGAUUGGAUAACCUCACAGAGUUCAAAGGUAACACGCAUUUUACAACAUGGCGGCCCCCUUGGAUGACAUGUUUUCGUGGUGCGGUGAUCCCGGUAAAACUGCUAACCGUGUUGAAGUCCGAUUUAUCGACAACGUCAAGGGUAAAGGACUGUUCGCCAAGAGACCGUUCAAAAAGGGCGAGACAAUCUUUACUGAGCGUCCCCUUGUGUCUGCUCAGUUCUUGUGGAAUGCUUUGUACAAGUAUAAAGCUUGUGAGUACUGUUUGCGUGCUCUGGAGACAGCAGAGGAAAACGCACGCAGGCUCAGCACUCUGCCUGCCCUCAGCCUGCCCCACCCUGAGCUGUGUAAAGUCCGGCCUGAGCUGCACCAGGCCUGCACUCACUGCCAGAUGAUGUACUGUAGCAGCGAGUGCAGGCAGUCUGCAUGGGAUCAAUAUCACCGCGUCCUGUGUCUGGGCCCUUCACAUCAAGAUAACGAUCAUCCAAUCAACAAGCUGCAGGAUGCGUGGAGGAGUGCACACUAUCCUCCAGAAACCUCCAGCAUCAUGCUAAUGGCCAAAAUGGUUGCAGUUGUCAAGCAGGCUCAAGAUAAGGGGCGCUGGCAGAGGCUGUUUUCUCACUUUUGCAGCCGUGCAGCUAACGAGCAGAAGGAAAUAGCGCACAAACUUCUAGGAGAGAAGUUUCAGGACCAGCUUGCAUUGCUGCAUAACCUUUUUACCACAGCACUCUAUGAUGAUCACCUGAGUCAGUGGUUCACUCCAGAUGGCUUUCGCUCUCUCUUCGCACUUGUUGGGACCAACGGGCAGGGCAUCGGAACCAGUUCUCUUAGCCAGUGGGUUCAUGCUUGUGAUGCACUGGAGCUUCCUCACCAGCAGAGGGAGCAGCUGGAUGCCUUUAUUGACCAGUUAUACAAGGACAUUGAUAAAGAAACGGGCGACUUCCUCAACUGUGAAGGAUCCGGUCUCUUCCUUCUCCAGAGCUCAUGUAACCACAGUUGCAUACCGAAUGCGGAAGCAUCCUUCCCUGACAACAACUUCCUGCUUCAUCUGAGCGCCCUGAGUGACAUCAGCCCUGGCGAGGAAAUCUGCAUCAGCUACUUGGACUGUUGCCAACGAGACAGGAGUCGUCAUAGCCGGCACAAGAUCCUGAGAGAGAACUACCUGUUCGUGUGCUCAUGUCAAAAGUGUGUGGCCCAGAUGGAUGAUACGGACGUGACCUCUGAGGAGGAGGACGAGGGGGAAGGAGAGACUGAAGGGGACGAAAUGGAGGACGAGAUGACAGACGUGUGAUGACGUUUCGGUUUUUGGGUUUCACCACCACCACCCCCAAACCAUUUCAUACCUGUCUUCUUGUGGACGUUUACUCCUUCAUAUCAUCAUAAUGAAAAGCACUCGGGUCACCAUAACGAACCUGCAGCUCUGUUCAUGCAAUAGGAGAGUAAGCUCUUGGCUAUGCAAAGUGUUUUGUCUCACUUUUACACCUUUAAUUACCAUCACAUUAGUGGUGCCAGGAAUGCUUCCAUUUCCAUUUUUUCAGACUGAUUCAUUUUACCUUGAUAUAUAAAAAAAAAACAUAUUGUAACGCAUUUCAUCUAUGCACUUACAUUUUUGAUAUGUGAUGAUGUUCUAACACAGCAUGAAGUCUUUGAAAGACAAAAUCCACAUUUCAUCAGCCUUUCUGGACUGUAGACAUAACAAACCCAUGCAAUGUCUGCACCAAUAUUUUUGUUUACUUGGCCAAAAAAACAGUCUGCUUUUGCUGAAAGGAGGUAGGGUGUCUUUUUAACCUUCUUAAACUCACUGAAUCUGUCAGUUCCUUCAGACGUCUAUUGCUCAAUCUCAUUACUACGGUGCCCUCCAGGAUUAUUGGCAUCCUUCAUAAAAAUAAACCAAAAAAAAAAAAAAAAAACCUUUUUGCACAGUAAAUCAAAAUUUCCACUCAAACAACAGGAAGAACUAUUUACCUUUGUUCAGACAGUAAGGAUUCUUUAAAAAAAAUGCAAACCAAUUGUUAUUCUUCAUAUUUUUUUCCUCUCAUUUUUUCGCAGUUCCCCAGGAAUACUGUUGUGAAUAAUACACGAAUAUAAAAUAAAACACGAAUAAUGUCGUGUUUCUGUGCAAUAAGAAUUCUACCCCAGAGAAACAAAGUAUUGUUAAACUCCUUACCUAAAAUUCCCAAACCUUAUUAUUGGGAAGAAACCAAAGAUCUAGAUAAGACAUUCACCUACACACCGACACCCCACACACUGAUGAGGAUGAUGAAGGAUCUAAUAGUAAUAUUGUGUUUCCUAACAACACAAAGUAAGUGUUGUGUUAUGAGAAGAAAAGCCUUCCAAAUUUGUUAGAUAUUCCAGCAAGCAUCUCAGAGCUGGUGUUCUCUUAAGGGUAGAGUCACUUAUUAAUUCUAAGGGUACUGAUCAUUUUGUAAACCAAUGUUUUGUGGCACUACUUUAAUAUAGUUUCCAUGUAUAUAUACUUUAAUAUACAUUUCCAUGUUGUUUAUAUAUAUACAUUUAUCUUGUUUUUUUUUUUUUUUUUUUUAUGGGAGGGUGCCAGAAAUUAUGGACGACACCGGAUGUAUGUUUCUCGUUUGUUCCGCUGUAGUUCUUGAAUCAGUUUACUAAAUGAAUUUCUGCUAAUUCUAUGCUAUAAAAGUAAAUGUAAGUGAAUAACUCCUUAUAAUAUCCAGAUAGUCAUUAAGGAGUUUAUCAGUGAGACUUAACAGUAAAUAACUGCAGUUCUGCCAGUGCUGACAACCUGAACGAGUCUGUAGUUAACAGCAGGGUUUAGCUGAUCUACAGUUGUUUCAGGUAUGCAGCAUUAGUUUCACUACAUUAACUGCCAAGCAGAUGCAUUUUGCCUCAGGAUUUUUUUUUUUUUUUUUGAUGUUGAGCGAGGAGUCACCACAGCAUCGCAGGAGGUAGGAAAACACCUCCGAUUGCAUUUUUCCACCUCUUGUCAUAAUCCCCCAGCAUUUAAUACAGUCAUCUUGUAUUUAUGAAAUUCGCUUUGGGAACUUUCUCACUUUCUCUCUAUCGUGCACAGCGUUCUUGACAAAUCCUGUCAGCUUCAUCAACAUCAUGCCAGAACAAUUCAACAUCGCGAGCGGCAGAUGCUGAAUUAUCAUAACUGGAGAUCUUUGAAAUGCAAUAAUAAUCGUGUGAUGACUUGAGCGUGAUCAGUACACGAAAGGAAACGUUUCUUGAACAAUCUGGGACCACCAGUGCUUUUUAUCUUGCUGAAACCACAGACCAGAUAAUGAGUAGAUUAGCAUUCAUUAGUUCAACAUCCACCUCCUCGAGAUGUGUGUGUGUGUGUAUAUAUAUAUAUACACGCACACGCACGCACACACUUUCUAUUUGUUCUGCCAUCAGGAUUUGAGCAGAUAAAUUCUCAGAGCCUGAGCACUGGCCUGCGAUCAGGUUUUGCUUCAGCUAUCAUAAUGAAUACGGUUUCUAUGGACACAUCCGUAAGACGUUCAGGAAGAUGACACUUAAGGACAAAAACUUGUGCUAUGUUAUGCAUACAAAGCUCUUCAUAACAGAUGACAAUAAACUUACAGGAGCACUUAAAAAUUUGUCAUCCUGUCAUGUACGGUUGACAAAUCACUUAAGUAAAAUGAAUUAAGAUUGAUAGAAGGUUACACUGUAAGAUAAUAUAGGAAGUGACAUUUUGCCCAGUCAGGUUAAUUAGAAGCUAUGUGAGUUGAUUUAGGUGUUAAGUUACCUUGACACAUCUUGUUCAUAUGGUCCAUCUCUCAUACCAUGCCAUGUAGAUCAGCUGUUCAACAUAUGUUGAUCCUCAUAAAGUCCUCAUUCACAAUUCCAUACAAUUUAAAUUACACAGAAAUACUAGUUCUCUUUAUCUGGAGGGACCCCUGUAUCAUGAACAUUUUUUUAUUUUUUAUUUUCAGUACAAGAGGAGCAGCAGUCAGGGCAGUUAAUCAUUAACAUAUGUUAGGCUAGUUUAAAAAGUUGACAAAGUCUGACAAGCGAGAUAUUUUACAGUAAGUAAUAAUGCAGACAACGUGCCUGUGAUGUACAGAACCGUUUCUAGCUUCAUGUUUACAGAGAGCUUUAAGUAGCCACUUUAAAAGUAGCCAAAGUAAGCAAGUAAAUUAAUAUUAACUGUAAACAAUGCAUGCAUUCAUAAAGUGACACUGGGAGAUAUUUAAGCAAUAUGACAAAAGCAAGAGUGCAGGUUUACCGAAUAUUAGCACAACUUUGAUUCGCCAUAGAUAAUCACAGCCGUGUCUAUAUUCUGUAUAACUGCCAAGUUGCGAGUACAAUAUUGCUUUUAUAUAACAGUUGCUUAAUCAAGAAAUGAAUAUUGAGUCAGUGAAAUUCUGGAAAGAAUAUGGCUAAAAUUAGAAAUAGAUAUCAGAGAAUAUUUAUAUUACAUCAUUUUCUAGCUAGCACAUUGAGUUGUACCUUCCAAUUAAAUGUAAUUGCUGUAGAAUUUCUGUCCACUCUUUAACUAACAAGCUUUCUUUUUUCAAUCCAUCACUUAACGUUCCUAAAAAAAAGUUUGCUAUAUCCGGUCAUGAUUUCUUUCACACCACUUUAGCAACUGUUUUUUAACUAGGAAGUGGAAUUCUACAUGGCGAACGUAAAGGAGCAGAGUGAUUUACAGUGAAAAGCCUCGCUCAGGUUAUAGGAAAUAUACUGUAGGCACUCUUGAAAACCAUUCAACCAAUUAAGUUAGUGAACUGGAGUUAGCUGUUGUAUAAGAUAUAUUACAAAUACUAAGUGAAGCAAAGGUGGAUUUUUGAGAUAUAGUAGUAGUGAAAGGAAGCAAACCUGCUGUAUUGAACCCAGUUAGAUGAAGGUACACCUGAAACCACUAAAAACAAGCUGCUCGGAUGUAUGAUGUAUGAGUGUAUGUUGUCAUGUGUCUACUCCCUAUUACAUUCUUACUCAGUGCAUUCAUUAGGUAGUUUCCUGUAAAACAAGUCACAUGUGACAGAACCUUGACCAUUUAGUUUGAGGCUAUGAUGUUUUUAAUGUCGUCCUGCCCCACUAAAAUAUGUGGUCAUAAGCCAUUGCUGACUUGACAUCAAAACGGACAGAUGGUGCCUGUUGAAAAAGCUUUGAAAAAGGCUUCCAUUAGAUGUCACGAACUGUUUACAGAAGAACAAGAGUUACUUUAGCCAUGUGACACAUGAUUAUUUUUAUCUUUACAUAUCUAUCUUUUUUUAAAUAAAACAAUGUUUUUCAAAUUUAGAGAAAAAUGACAAAAAUAUUUGUUAAAUGAUUAUAAAAUGUGGCCACACAAUUUCCACAAUAAUAACACUCUAUUAUACAGAAAUAUUGAGAAGAAAGGUGCACAACAUUAUAGUUUGGGUUUCAACGGGUUAAGAAUGUUUUUUUUUUUUUUUUUUUUUUUUUUUUUUUUUUUUUUUUUUUGCUUUAAAAAAAAACGUUAGAAGGGAAAUUUUGACUUUCCAUGUACAUAUUCAGUACAUGCUGCAUCUGCAAACAAGGUCUUGGCUAAAAGCCGUUGAUUGUUAUUUCUGGCGAAUGGGAGUGAAAUGUGAACCCUACAUCCUGUAAGAGGACAAAAUUGGAAAAGAUAUGAAGGAGGAAGUAUGGACACCUGGGGCUGUGUCUGAGAGGAAUAACCUCUGAGCUCAGGCCAACAGAGUUGCACUGGCAGAAACUGCCUGCUGUGAAUGCAGCCACACAACGGCUUCCCUUCAACAUGGCCACAUGGCCGCGUUAGAGAGGUCGAAGUGCCUGCCCUGGGAGGAAAGAGCCCUAUAGAGAUGCCCGAUUGAAGAUGGUGGAGGGGGAGGGCUACAUGCACACAACUAGAAUGAAGCACAGUUGUAAUGACUGAGAAAAAGGAGCUUUUAUUAUAUCAAACUGAGGUCAUGAGGAAUCCGCAUUCACAUUUGCAAAUGAACGCUGAGUGUUAAAUGGCAGCAACGAAAACAAGGCAUGUUAUGAUCAUCGCAAACACACGCAGGGCAAAUGAAAGAACCCAAUUUGCAUCUUGUGAUUAAAAAGGUUGGGAUGAUGUUUAAGCAUAUUUGACAUUCAGAGGUGAAACUUGACUGCAUUUAGGAAAGAGAGCAAUUCUGGCUUAAUAUUUGGUUGUUUACAGUUUGUCACAAUGUUAAUAGCUCUCAUUUGAGCGCUCCAGUUGAUUUGCACACAGCAUGUUUACGUUUUUUGCGAUUACUUAUUACUGCAUUAGCUCCUGUCAUUCAGUCCAUGGUUCACUGAAACAACACCAAUAAAGACAACUGCAAAACUC